AUGGAACAAGCCUAUUAUGAUCAAGCAGAUCAGAGACAGGAGCUUAUCUGUUUCCUUGCAAAUCCACAUUAUGGCAGCCUUCUUAAUGCAGAUGGCCAUGCUGAAGUGUGGACAGACUGGAAUGAUAUGGCCAAGUUUUUCCAGUAUGGAUGGAGAUGCACCACUAAUGAAAAUUCCUACUCAAACUGUACGCUUAUGGGCAACUGGAACCAGGAACGAUAUGACCUAAAGAAUAUUGUGCAGCCAAAACCCUUACCUUCCCAGUUUGGGCACUAUUUUGAAACAACAUAUGAUGCAAACUAUAAUAACAAAGUGCCACAUUCAACACAUAGAUUUAAGAAAGAACCUCACUGGUUCCCAGGACAUCAACCUGAGCUGGAUCCUCCUAAAUUCAAAUGCACAGAAAAAUCAACUUACACAAAUAGCUAUUCAGAACCUCAAAUCAGACCUCACCUUGAGUGUGUAUUAUGGGAUCCUAGUAACAGCCAUUUUCAGGGUCUAGGAUUCUAA